CAAAAAAAGCCAUCCCAUGGCAUAAGACGGCCUCAAGUCCGUAGCCCGCCCCUAGAUAUAGCCUCGCAUCCACUGAGCUGGUGCGCCUGUGUCCAUAUAAGCCACAUAGGGCCGUCGUGGGCGGUGCAUGGUGGGUGCAUCCUCCCUACAUAUGUAUAGCUCCCGCUUCCCUUCCCCUGUCCUCGGGCCUCCCGUCCUCUCCGCCAAAAACAAGCAAUUUCCAGAACGCAUAUCCAUCGAGAAACAGUCCCUUGUCCCGGACCGUCCAGCAUGACGUACACCGUCAUUCUCUUCGUCACGCGCAACAGCCACAUCACGUCGGAGCAGUUCAGAGACCACUACGAAAACACACACAUUCCACUAGCCUACUCAUUGCUCAGUCACUGCUGGCCCAUCACCUUCAACCGUCGCUACCUAGCCCGGAUUGUUCGGAAGGGCUUUGGCGGCCCUGCCAACGUUGACCGCCCUCCGCUGCUGCUGAGGGGCGUGCUCAACGAAGAAUUUGACUUUGACUGCAUUUCCGACAUGGUCUUUGAGGACGAGGCCCACUUUCUCGACUUCUACCGCAGCGUCUACUCAAAAGAGAUUUCCGCCGUGCUGACCAAGGACGAGGCAAACUUUUUGCAAGGCGGCAAGACGAAGGUCAUAGUCAUUGGCGAGACCUGGACUACAGAUCGGGCCGGCUCGACCACGCACAGCGUGGGCUACGGUCUAAUGAGCGACCCUUCCAGCAGCAGUAGCGAAGACAGCCGCUCCACCCCAGGCUGAAGCCACGUUGUGACGAACGCCCCUGGCUACCAACAGGGUCGGUCCUGCGUGCGACGACAAGCCCAUUUCGGAUUUACCAGUUUGUGGAAUAUACCAUGGGUACAGGCGAUCAAGGCGUUUGUGCGAGUCCCUGUGUUUUUUUUUCUCGUUUUUCUUUUGGCUCUCUUUAUCUUCAAUUUGAC